AUGGGGCUAGAGUUCGAGAAGGGCAAUGCCCAGAGGAACUCCUUGUUCUUUACGAAGCUAUCCCCAGAGCUCAGACGGCAAACCUUCAUCUAUCUAUUUGGAGAGUCAAAAGUGCACAUCAAGUUUCUUCACAGCAGUGAGCAACUCAAGCGUGAGGGUCAUCCUAAAUAUUCGAGGAUCCCGGGGUGGUAUCACUGCAAGAAGACCACAAAUGGUGUUUUCUGUCGGCGAACAUUGUGUUUACCUGCAAAUGGGCGUGAGUAUAAUGCAUCAGAUAUGAUGAUUGAGUUCAAGCUGACAGACUGCAGCUAUCAGAGCGGUCUUCCUGUGCUCUAUCGCACCAACAAACUCAUUCUCGAUAAUCCGCAGGAUUACACAAUGUUCAGCUCCUGGUUCAACGCCAAGCAGAAAUAUAUUCGAUCAAUCAGCUUGCAUCUCGAAUGCCCGGCCGUUUACGAUGCUCACGAGGGUCUCUGCCACUUGUCCACUGCAUUGCCUAAAUCCUUGCUACUACAUCGCCUGGAAGUACGAAUGCUCCUCUCUGGUCUUAGAGCUCACCAUGGGAGCUUGGAGAGGGACAGUCAAUUGAUGUUGAGAUGCCUUAGAAUGUUCCUUCGGGGUGGUCUCAGCAAGGGCAAGGUUGAACUACUCGUGUUGCAUCUGCCGGAAGCUAUGAAAGAGAUUGUGGAAGGCGAUAAACAAGCCGAUGCUACGAUUUGGGAAAAUACCGAAUGCCAUUUCGAGCCCGAUAAUGGCCCAGCAGAAGGAGAGGCAGAGGAAGAAGAAGACCCAGAGUCCGAUGACGAGAACCAUGGUCUCUAUAUCUUUCCCACACAAGGCGACUUCUGA